AUGCCACGCGUGGAGGGGGCGGCCGGUGCCACAGCACGAGCCGGCCCUGCGCCAGCCCCGGCCACGGCCGCUGGGGAGGCCCCCGCUCGGCACCCGCACGGGCAGCGGCCUCAGCGACAGCAGCAGCUCCUGCCGCUCCUGCGGCUCUGGGCAGCAGCCUCGCGCUCUGCCGUCACGCGCCUGGAUCACACAGUGCCCCCAGAACAAGCACGGGGUGCAACUCCACGAGCACCUGCCAGUGUUCGUUGCAUCCAUAACGAUGUCACAGUCCCCGACUUCUCUGCCUACCGUCGUCAAGAGGUGUUAGAUGCCAACAAACCUUCUCAAGGCAGCAGUGAAAGUAGAAAAGGGUUUUCCUACCUGGUGACUGCAACGGCAUGUGUGGCUUCUGCGUACGCUGCUAAGAAUGUUGUCACUGAUUUCAUAUCCACCCUCAGUGCUUCUGCUGAUGUGCUAGCGCUGUCAAAGAUCGAGAUCAAGUUAUCCGACAUUCCAGAAGGCAAGAACAUGGCUUUCAAGUGGAGAGGGAAGCCUCUUUUUGUGCGUCACAGAACCCAGGCAGAGAUUAGUCAGGAAGCUGAUGUUGAUUUGUCUCAACUGAGGGAUCCGCAGCAUGACUUAGACCGAGUACAGAAGCCAGAAUGGGUUAUACUAGUAGGUGUCUGCACUCAUCUCGGUUGUGUACCCAUUGCCAACUCGGGAGAUUUUGGUGGUUAUUACUGCCCUUGCCAUGGGUCCCAUUACGAUGCCUCUGGCAGAAUCAGGAAAGGCCCCGCUCCCUAUAACCUUGAGGUUCCAGUUUACCAGUUUGUUAGCGAUGAUUUAGUGGUUGUUGGCUGAGUAACAAGGUGCUUGCUCACUUCUGUGUUCCCAUGAAUGUACUCUGCAAAGAAGUAACUGAGAUUCUGGAAUGCUGUAAAAUCAAGUGACUCUAAA